AGGAAAUAGAUAAUUGGAGUAUUCGUACGGCCAAUGUGGUUGGUUCAGAAAUACAGUUCACAUUUAUCGUGAUUCUUGUCCUUGAUGAACAGGCGCUAGCAAAUGUGCACGUACCAUUCACUGUCUUUCCUUUUUUAAGCGCCGCCCGACCUUUUCAUCUUCCAUCGCCGCAGCUCUGCCGCAACUGCAACUGCAACUGCAACUGCGACUAAGACUCAGCUGCAGGCACCAAAGAAAUAAGUGCUCAUGUCAUGAAAGAGCCCAGAAACGUACGUCUCAAUUGCAUUAAAACUGGGGUGGAGUUGGCGCUCCUAUUUAUGAAACUUUGAAGCAAUGGAUGGAAGCACUAACAUGACUGCGCAUGAUAAAAACUCAUCGACCCACUGAGAGCGGCAAUCCCUCUCUCGAGAAAGUUGAACGGCACGAUUAUUCAGAAAUAAUCGCAAAACCUUUUGAGUUUGACUGGAAACUGACCCAAUCGCUGCCCACCCACCAUUAUUAACUUCGCAAGUUACUCUCUCUCAAUCUUGUUGUUUUUCUUUGAUGAAAUGGCUUUCUUCAUAGAAAGGCCUUAUUCCACUGCGUCAAGCAGCAACAACGACAUGUGCUCGAAACAAGUAGAAGGUAGUGAUAUGGAGAGGAUGGGAGGGUUUCUAUCUGUGCCCACUCAUUUCGAGCAGUGGGUUACCUAUCAGCUUCAAAGGGAGGGACAGGACACUGAUCGCUUCAUGGCAUUACAGAACGAGAGGACCAGAAUGGGGUUGCAGGAGCAGGGGAAUGGACAUUUAUGGGGUUUUCUUCGGGCGAUCGAAGACAGCACAGCGAGGUUGAUGACUGAAAAAGAAGCAGAGAUAGAAAGAGCAAGGAAGUGGAAGGCAGAGUUGGAAGAGGAGAUGAGACGGGUAGAGACGAUGCAAAUUCAUUGGCAGAGGAUAGCAGCAGGCAACGAGGCCAUGGCCGUGGCCCUGACCAAGACCAUAGACCGGAUCAACCAGAGAAUCCAAGUCCAAGACACCGCCUCUUCCUCUUUCCAAGAAAAAGAAGAGGAGAUGGUGAGGUGCAGGGCGUGCGGGCUGCGUGAAGCGAGGAUGCUUAUGCUGCCGUGCAGGCACCUGUGCGCGUGCGGUCCGUGCGAGGUCAUACUUCCCUGCUGCCCUGUCUGCCAAUGCACCAAGCACGCCACUAUUGAGGUCUACUUCCUCUAAUCUCUCUUUCCCCCAGAGACCUUUACUGUUCAGUAGCAGUCCCUUCUUCUCAUCAUUUUUCUUUGCUUUUUUUUCUUAUGUGAAGUAGCUCAAUGUCAGACCCCGUCGUUUUGUUUUCCCGUUCAGAAAUGGAAGCAUAUCAUAUUGUGUGCUCCAGCGGGAGCUUACUGCGCC